AUGAACACUAUAAGGCCGUCCAUUCCUCGUUUGUCCGCCUUGCUUCGCAAGAAACCGUUUCCCAUGCCUUCUCCCGGGCCACCUUUACCGCCCGGCAGACUUGUUGAUGAAGAGAUCUCGCCAGUACUCGCCGAUCAUUACCAAACCCUGGUCAAGGUUGGCUGGGGUGUGUCUUCAACAGUAUGGCUCGCGCGUGAUUUGCAAGGGCAUAUCAAAGAGUCAGAGAGCGUUGUGGCACUGAAAAUCGCCAAUAACAAUGUGAGUUCCGCUGGUCAUGAGCAUGAGGUUGAAGAGCACAUUUCCACAGCAGACCCAUCACAUCGCGGUCGCUCACUUAUCCGAACAUUACUAGGCUCUUUUGAAGUUAAGGGUCCAGAAGGUUCUUAUUUGUGUCUUGUGUAUCCGCCUAUGAGGGAGCCAUUGUCGAUGUAUCAGCAGCGCUUUGAUUAUAGAAAGAUGCCACUGCCCCUCAUUAAAACAUACAUUCGUGCUCUUCUUACGGGGCUUGAUUAUCUUCACAAAGAAUGCAGGAUAGUUUAUACGGAUCUAAAGCUUGAAAACAUCAUGGUCUCAUUCGAGGAUCCAACCGUGCUUGCUGAUUUCAUGGAUUCUCAGCUUGAAAAGCCGAUGGCUUUCAAGAUUGAUUUGGCAGGAAGACCAGUGUAUCAGUCCUGUAAUGACUUCGGGCCACUCAAAAGCCUGAGAAGUAUACCACAGCUUGUCGACUUUGGCUUGGCAACCAGACUUGAGGAAGAUGAUGACUGGGGCGUCUGGCCUAUUCAGCCAGACCACUAUCGGGCGCCAGAGGUGAUACUGGGUAAUGGAUGGCAAAUGCCUGCGGAUAUUUGGAAUCUUGGUGCUCUGUUGUGGGAUAUGAUUGAAGGCAAAGAGCUAUUUCAGCAUAUCCAUGAUCAACAAGGUCGCUAUGAUGCUAAAUUACACAUCACUGAAAUGAUAGACUUACUCGGUCCACCCCCUCCAGAGGUCAUACAAAAGUAUCAAUACAUGCGAGAGUAUUCGUGGCCGGAACCUGUCAGACGAGAAGAUGACAGAGUAUGUGAGACCGCAGAGGAGUACUUCUGUGGGCCAUUCUUUGACAAUAAUGGUUGCUUUCACUAUGAAGACCUGAUCCCCAACCGGAAACUAGGCGACACAGUUUCCUUCCUUGAGGGAGAGGAGAGGGAAGCGUUUCUGGAUUUUGCCAAGGGAAUGCUUGCCUGGCAUCCAGAUGCGAGAAAAACGGCAGGCGAACUGGCGGGGCAUCCUUUUCUUCAACCAAAGCAAACAAGCGCCUGAUUUCUGCGGUGUUUGCUAGCGGAAUGACUCGAAAUCGUGUUUGAUCCCAGUUCGGCGGUGCCAUCAGAUGACCGGUUGAAGCGUUAACGUAGUUGUCUUUCUGAAUGACAUCUAAUAGAGUCAGUUGAUCUGUCUUUGAUUGGAAAGUAAUAGCAUUAUACCUUAAAAUGAGAUCCAAGCCAUCAAUCGCAAUUUCAUCAGGGUCAUGAUUCUAAAAACUGCUGUCAAUGCGGGUGUAUGUAUAAUUGGCGAAUAUAUAUAAUAUAUUCACCAUGGAAGAAGUGAUUGAAGGUUGCCAAUUCCGCCGCGCCUCCCCUUCUUGCUGAAUAGGCACACAUUACACUCCUGCAUUUUGCGUUAGUAGCGAUAUUCAUUGCUACUUUUACCUUUUUUAGUGCUAUUCUAUCAAAAUGAUCGCUCUACAUCUCUAUAUGCGUAUAGAAUAAACAUAGCUUAAUAAGUCGGCCGCUGGAUUCCCCUUCACAGCUAGAC